CAUCCGCCAGCAACAAAUAGUGGAGCACAUGGCCUCACGUCAAGGAGACGCCGAACGUGAGCUCGCCGCCCUCCGCGCCGCCGCCCACCGCACGCCGCUGCCUGACCCCCGUGUCCAAGCCGUCCAGCUGAUGCCACGGAUGACAUCGCAUGACGACGUGGAGAUGUAUCUUCGGAUGUUUGAGGCCACCGCAGUCCGGGAGGCGUGGCCAGAGGACGAGUGGGCCCACCUCCUCGCACCGCUGCUGACCGGGGAAGCGCAGCGGGCGUAUUUCACCAUGACGGCCGAGAGAAGCCGGAACUAUGGAGAGGUGAAGAAGGAGAUCCUGGGCCGAGUAGGCCUUUCCCCAAUCUGUGCGGCGCAGCAAUUCCAUGACUGGGAAUAUCGAGCUCGACAGCCCGCUCGCGCCCAGGCGGCCGAACUAUCCCGGCUGGCCCAACAUUGGCUGUUGACCGGGGGUCCCUCCGCACACCAGGUAGCUGAGCGUGUGGUGAUCGACCGACUCCUCCGCGCCCUUCCCCGCGCGUUGAGGCAGGCGGCUGGCAUGAGGAACCCCACUGAUCUCGACGGGCUCGUGGAGGCCAUUGAGCUGGCGGAGGCCGCCCAACACCGGGAGAUGGGGGAGCGAGCGCCGCCUUUUCCCCGAAGGGUGGUCCAGGAGCGACGCUCGCCGGAGGGCACCCAGCAACCCGUGAGCAGGCCUGCGGUUCCCGGCCCCCAGGACGAGCCAAUGCCCACCGAGCCGCCGCGUUCCCCAGGACGGACAUGGCUAGCAGGCUGUUCAGUCCACGGUCCAGCGCCGAAGGCACCACGGGCCAGGGUGCGCAUCAACGGCCGGCCGUUCGUCGCCGUCCUCGACUCGGGCAGCGGGGUAAGCCUGAUACAACCGACUGUCCUUCCACCCCGAAUAGGUUCCAGGGCCCGACUGGCGAUAACGUGCGUGCACGGGGAUACCAGGCAUGUGCCGGCCCGGAGAGUGACCAUCACCGCGACACCUGGUUCCUGGCCCGUCGAAGUGGGAAUCUUAAGGAACCUACCGGUACCCGUUCUCCUCGGCCGGGAUUGGCCGGGGUUCGAUCAGCUCCUCCCCUCCAGCACACAGCCUGCUAGCCCGGCCGGGAACCGCCGACGCCGGAGUCCAGCAAGGCGCCCUCGACGAGGCCCCGCGCUACUUAAUUGA